AUCUCGCCCACUCAUCCAAAUUUUAAGAUCUGCACAGGAAGACGUUGCCGAAAAGGAUGCGGGCUACUUCGCUAGGAAACGAGCUCGAGAUCAGUCUCCAGCUCACGAAGACUUAAAGUCCGCGUCUACUCGCGACAAGGGGAAGGCACGGGCACCUGAACGUUCAGGAGCAACCCAAGGGUUGGCGUCCUACCUUGCUUCAAAGGACGUUAAGUCUCUUACACAAGAAAAGCUGGAUAAUCCUCCGAGUAAGACACCUGGUCACCGCCCCCCCUUCUCUUCAGAACGCAAUGCCGAGAAAGGCCCUAAAAUACACCUACGCGCCAAGAAACGUGCUCGCACUGUGUCUGCAAACGCGCUUAAAGAAUGGUCAAGGAAAAGCGCCUGGCAGCAGUCCUGCGGCUUGCCCAGACAGGUAGGCCCGGCCAUUCCUAUGAAGUCCAGCGGGAACAUUUCAAGCCCUGUGUUACAACGUCUUACUCCAUCAGCUACGUGCCAAUCCGCAUUGCCCAACAAGAAGUCGACUGUGACGAGUCAUAUCACCGUCAUCGAUGACGACGAAGACGGUGACAGCGGUGGCGACGAUAUCGUGGAAAUACAGCAAUCUGCAUCUGCCACGACGCAAGUCACUCUCGUCGGAGGCGUCAUAGUUCGCGAGUACGAUGCUGGUAAGGGUGAGUCCAGUGUGGCUAUUGGGGACACAGUCACCGUGCGAUACAUCGAGACCCUUCGCGGAUCAACCAUUCCUCUCAGCAAGAACACUGAUGGUGAUCCUUACAUUUUUACUGUUGGCGAGGGCGCCGUUCCACCAGGAGUUGAGGACGGCAUUAUCGGCAUGAAAGUUAAUGGCCAGCGUUUGAUCAUCGUUCCUCCCGCUUUGGGUUAUGGUACGAAAGGAACCGAAGGGGUUCCGCCCAAUUCCACUGUCGAAUACCAGUUCUACUUACUGGCGAUUGACUAA